GGUGACGUUUGUGCAACGUGGUAUUGGAAAUUCCUCAACUUCCGCUUCUCUUGAGUGAAGAGCGUCAAGAAACGUUAUUAAACGGUUUGGAAAAGGUUUUGGGAACGUAGGAGAAAAAGUUAAAUGGAGCAAGAUAAUGGGGACAACCACAACUGGCCGGUGCAACGACGAGAGGAGGGUUUGGUGAACAAACAUAUGGCAGACAUUGCUCGGGAGAGCCUUCAGCAGAGGCUGUGUGCCGGGGAGAUGCACAGUCUGACCGAACAAGGCUCCAGACGCUCAGGGGAAGAGUUCACAGACGAACCCCGGCGAAGGGACGUUAGUUUCGGGGAAGAGCCGCAGCUUUCCACCGCCUGUAGCUCCGGAGCUGACAAGUUACUCUCUGCCCCCCCAUCCACAGAGACUGCUGCUCAAGGGAAGAUCAUUGCCCUACUGGUGGAAAUCAAAGAGGAGCAGCAGAGGCAGUGGGCGGUGCUGAAGGAUCUUCAGGCCAGACUGCCGGGUCAGAGCAUCAACGAGGAGGAGGAGGAGGACGUGGAGGAUCUGGACAUGGAUCUCCCCCUGAGGACUCUGGAGCAGCUGGAUGAGAUGGAGAGGCAGCUGGAAGAGACAGGAAGUCAAAAGAGAAUGGUUUCGUACCUGUCACGGAUGGGCGGGGCUACGGUUGACGACGCGGUGAGACGUCUGAUGCAGUCUGUGCUUACAUUCGCUGUCGGCUCUGAGCUCAACUGGGUGGGCCGAGGCCGGAAGAGAAGCUUCAGGAACACUCGCCUCCAGGGAGUGCUCUUCUGUGCUCUGAAACGCACACCGGUGGGUAAAGAAGCCACACACCAUCAGUAUGCUGACGUGGUGAAGAAGUGGCUGCGCUUUGCUCCGUUCAGACAGGGGGGGGGCGGGCGGCGCUGCUACAGAGCCCCUGUGGAGUUUGCAGAUUCUGAGGAAACAGACAAUUCUAACCAAAGCUCCACACGAUGACAUUUAUCUCACUUAUCAGGUAUCACACAAGUUUCAGAAUGAGGCAUUCACAUGUUGAAAAAAACAAAUGUGCAUGAAAAGGUUGUUGUUAUAAUAAUGAUAUUAUUAUGUUCAAGACACAGCACACUGUACACUUCUGGAAUGUGUCGCUAAUAGUGCAAAUAUGUCUUUUUUAAAGAGCCUAAGAGGAGACUAUCUCAGUGAGCUGUUUUGGAAAGGCACUGGUGAAGAACUUGAAAAUAUAAACAUUUGAUGACACUAUUGUAAGUCAAAGUCAACUUUAAUGUCAAUCUUACUCAGUU